AUGUCUACACGCACGCAUGUACACAGGCCUGCAUAGGCAUACAUGUGCCUCAAUGGCACAAACAGGCACAUGUGUACACACAAGUAUACAUAUGGACAAAUGUGUCAUGUCAUUGCUUUGGUUGAUGCCAGCAAAGGAUAGCCGCACACACACCCAGGCACACGUAGCUGACAUGUACACCCCCACCUGAAGCCUGUUGGAAUCGUAGAGUUAUGUAGAGGCCCCGCCCAGGUCAGAUCCAGCCCUCAGUACCAGGCAAAUGCAAUGUCCUGCUUUCCUUCUUGACUCUGCAGAGCUGUGGAACCCUGGUCCACAGUCACCCAGCCCUUCUCAGCCACUCCCUCCUGUUUGACCCUCUGAGCCUCUGCUUUCUCAUCAGUCAAACGGGGCUGAUGGUGUAGGCACCCAUCCACCAGGGCCCACGCGAACUUACAAAACAAGGAGCAGCACUGAGUCCAGGGCUGGACAGGGGCAGGUGCUCCUUGCUUGCUUCUCCUUCUACUCCCUGUUGCCAGCCCCACCCCAGUUGCCCCCACCACAGGGACUCAGGGUCCUAUUCUCCCCCUUCUAAGUUGGACCCUAUGGAACACAUCUCCCUGCUCUGGCACAGGAGCUGGACUGUCCCCUGGAUCUCUCUUAGAGGGUUGGGGCUGGAAGAGAGGGGUGCAGAGUCAGCAGUUGAGGGAUUGGGGCCAUGCCAGCCCGAUUAGCAGGGCUGGGGGCCGAGCUGGAUUCACCUGUCCUUGUCUCUCAUUGGCUCUUGGGAACCCCUGGCUGCCAAAUCCCACUAAGCAGCCCCACCAUGGCCUGCACAGGUCUGUGGGGAGCCAGUUGAUUGCCAGUCCUGAGGCCAGAAGGGUGCCUGCGGAGGCCUGAGGCCAGUCUGAGCCUGGCUCUGGGGCUCUCCUCCAUCUAGAAGAACCAACUAACCACGCUGUUCACCGGCUGCCAGGACCAUGGGGGCUGGGGCCAGUGCUGAGGAGAAGCACUCAAGGGAGCUGGAAAAGAAGCUAAAAGAAGAUGCUGAGAAGGAUGCUCGAACCGUGAAACUACUGCUUCUGGGUGCGGGUGAGUCCGGAAAGAGCACCAUUGUCAAGCAGAUGAAGAUUAUCCACCAGGAUGGGUACUCUCUGGAAGAGUGCCUCGAGUUCAUUGCCAUCAUCUACGGCAAUACGCUGCAGUCCAUCCUCGCUAUCGUGCGUGCCAUGACCACGCUCAACAUUCAGUAUGGAGACUCUGCGCGUCAGGACGACGCCCGGAAGCUGAUGCACAUGGCGGACACCAUCGAGGAGGGCACGAUGCCCAAGGAGAUGUCGGACAUCAUCCAGCGGCUGUGGAAGGAUUCUGGUAUCCAGGCCUGUUACGAACGCGCCUCUGAGUACCAGCUCAACGACUCCGCGGGCUACUACCUCUCCGACCUGGAGCGCCUGGUAAGCCCGGGCUACGUGCCCACGGAGCAGGACGUGCUGCGCUCGCGUGUCAAGACCACGGGUAUCAUUGAGACUCAGUUCUCCUUUAAGGACCUCAACUUCCGGAUGUUCGAUGUGGGCGGACAGCGCUCAGAGCGCAAGAAGUGGAUCCAUUGCUUCGAGGGUGUAACAUGCAUAAUCUUCAUCGCUGCACUGAGCGCCUACGACAUGGUGCUGGUGGAGGACGACGAAGUGAACCGCAUGCACGAGAGCCUGCACCUGUUCAACAGCAUCUGCAACCACCGCUAUUUCGCCACCACGUCCAUUGUGCUCUUCCUCAACAAGAAGGACGUUUUCUCCGAGAAGAUAAAAAAGGCACAUCUCAGCAUCUGCUUCCCGGAUUACGACGGGCCCAACACGUACGAGGACGCGGGCAACUACAUCAAGGUGCAGUUCCUUGAGCUCAACAUGCGACGCGACGUGAAGGAGAUCUAUUCCCAUAUGACUUGCGCUACGGACACGCAGAACGUCAAGUUUGUCUUCGACGCUGUCACUGAUAUCAUCAUCAAGGAAAACCUCAAAGAUUGCGGCCUCUUUUGAGGUGCUUGAACUCAUACCCGUCCCUGACACCUGUAGACCUAGCUGCCUUUUAGUCCUAGCCCACAGGAGCCUAAUAGCCCACCAGGACUCCUGGGCCCCAGCCUGUGGCCCCACCAGCCACAGACCCAAAGCCCUGGGCCCCACUAGCCUUGAGGCCCCAACCCUCCCCCGUGGUUCCCAGGUCUAGCAGAGCCCGGUGCCCCCAACCCCACUGCUGCCCUUCACGGCCUGGCUGCACUGGCCUCCAGGACCCACCCCAGCCAGCCCCAGCUAGGAGCAGGCAGGAUUUGGGGCAGCUAGAGCUCACAGUGACUCAGCAGUGCUCAACUGACCAGUCUCCUUCAGGUCUCUCUGCAGGGGGCCCAUGACUCACCUGGUGGGUCUGGGCUCAGCAAACAGCCCUCCCUCCCAGUUUCCUGAGAGCAGGGGGGCAGGCGGGGAUCCUCCUCCGAGCAGGCCUGUUGCUGACCAUCAGCCCAUUCCAACCUUACCACCUCCAUGUGACAAGUCUGACACCUGUCUAUCCAGUGGCCAGUGACUCUCCCUCUCAGCAGCUUCAGGAGUCCAAAGUCCAAGCCAGUGUGGCCUGUGCAGCCCCAGGCUAAUUCAAAAAUGAGUUAAUGAGUGGGGGGCAGGCCUGGGAGACCAUGGGUGCCAGGAAGAGGCUCAAGUUGGACUAUUCCCCAUAUAGCAGGCUCAGAGUACCUCCCCCAGACCCUCCACCCACAGGCUCUGCCCCCUCUGUCCUUGUCCUUGGACACCAGAUCCAUAUCCUACCUCACACAUACACACACACACCCGCCCACAGUACUCCAGGAUGGUGUUUUGAGGGAGGGUACUGUUGACACCAGCUGUGGCCAAUGGUCAAACUGUCCUGAGGGGUGGCUGGGGGCAGAGUCCGGUUCCCAUCGAUCAGCCCCAGGAAGAGGAUUUGACUGAGGCCCAGGUUGGGCCCAGAGGGGUCUACCUCAGGUGGGGUCAUAAGCAAACCCAGAUAACCCUCUUGUCCCUCUCACCCUUUCCGUUCAAGGCCCAUUCCCUGCCAGGAAAAACUGAGGGCCAUGCCUGAAUUUUGUCAGGGACAAAGGCUCAUGUCCCUAUAUCCCUGCUCCCCACUUCCUCAUCAAGCCUCGAGUCCUUGCUGAUGCCUGUGGGCCAGGACCUGUGCUGCAUAGGGGGGUGGGGGUUCUGUCUUCAAGGCCAGAGCACGAUCCACACUCCCCUCAGAUAGAUGCACAGACUCAACAAUAAACCUUUGCAUCAGG